AAAAAAAAACAAAUUAUUUUAGGCGAAUAAUUUUCCAUUUAUUUUAUAUAUUUUAAUUAAAAUCUCAUUUUCCUUUCGUGCAUUGCUGUUUAGUUAGUCUCAUUAAUGUCGUCUCGUGGACGAACUGGUGGUUGUUGACGAAGUUGUUGAAGAAAUUACUACCCCAGGAUUACCCUGGGCUCCCUGUGGUCCAGGCAAGCCAGGCGGUCCAAUCGGGCCGGGUAAACCACGUCCGCCGGGGAAACCACGUCGGCCAGCUGGUCCCGGUGAACCGGGCGCACCGAUAGGGCCAUCACGUCCGUUAGCACCUUGCAGUCCAGGUGGCCCGUUGGGACCUUGUGGCCCCUUUGGACCUUUUAAGCCUGUUUCACCACGUGGUCCCUUCACGCCAGCUGUACCCGGCUCCCCAGUACUACCGCGAGCGCCGGGUAUACAAAUGCAUUGAGGUGUGGGAUAACUGGGAAAGUUAUUGCGUGUGCGGAUAAACAGAGCGCGGCCAUCACGUUCUUCGGGAGUGGCAAGGAUGUGUGUGAAUAUUAGCGAAAGUAUUGCCAGCGUCAUGGUACCGGGCGUUCUGUUUGUGGCCACGGCGAUGCAUGACUAUUUAUAGAAAAAUGUCCACUUGUAUUAGAAUAGCAACUAGAACCUGAAUUUUCUCUGACGCUGGCACGAAGUAUAAAAGCCAACAUAAAUACGUUCGCGUUCACAUUUCCACGGCAACAAUGCGGAGUGUAGCAAUAAAUUGUUUAGUAUUUCUUAGUUUUUGGCGCUACAGUCAUGCUGUGGAACCGCUGCAGUCGUCGUUGCAGUCACCGUUCAUCACCUCCACCAACACCAUCCAAACGUUCUAUAGGAAUCCAUUUGAGAACAUUACCGCGCUUACAAACCAUCAACCGUUACUCUAUGCCACGCCCCGUCAACUCUUUGGUGGUUUUAAUUUUGGCAUCGGUUCGAAUGGCUGCAAUUGCCCUCCCGGUCCUCCUGGCUUGCAAGGUCCUACUGGCCAAACUGGUCCGGACGGCGAUCCGGGUGAGAAGGGUCCACCAGGCGAUCCUGGUGAUAUGGGCCUUGUAGGCAGGCCUGGUCAACGUGGCAACGAUGGUCGUAAUGGUGUACGUGGUCCGGUUGGGGAGAGUGGUCGUCGUGGACCGCGCGGUUUUACUGGCCCUCCUGGCCCAAGAGGUCCACGUGGUCCACAAGGUGCACCCGGACCAAGAGGGUUACCAGGAGCUAAUGCGUCGCCAGCAUCGCGUCAUGCUAAUUAUAAUGUUGCCGAUUUUGAAUAUGAUAUACCUGAAUACGAGGGUAGUGAAGUGUACGAAAUAUAUUGAAUAAAAUG